AUGGAACAGCAGUGCAGUUUCUCCAGUCUCUCUCUGCCAGACCAGAUGCGUCUCCUGCAGAGUGCAUGGAUGGAGAUCCUGAUCCUGCGUGUGGUCUUCCGUUCGCUGGAUGCUCAGGACAGCCUGGUGUUCGCCGAGGACUAUGUGAUGGACGCCGAGCAGGCGAGGCGAACCGGUUUGCUCGAGCUCCACGCGGCCAUACUGCAGCUCGUCAGGAAGUACAGAGCCAUGGGCCUCGAGAGGGAGGAGUUCGUCACACUCAAGGCCAUUGCGCUCGCCAACUCAGGUACAAAUACACACAUCAUCAUGUGGUCAAUUUAUCAAAUCAUGCAGAUGCAGGUCAAGAGCUUCAGUUAAUGUUCACAUCCAACAUCAGAAUGGGGAAAGU